GCACAGUUAGUGACGAGUACCCAUCGUGAACAUGUCGAGAUUUGUGGCUGUAAUAGCGCUCGCUGCGGCCUGCGCAGCAUUGCCGGCGCAAGACACGGGACACACGGAAAACGACGUAGAAGGAAUAAGCGAUUGCCUCCGCAAGGACUCUACAACAUGCCUCAAAUACAAGUUUUUCUCGUUCGUAGAUAAGAUGAUUGGACAAAAGGAAUCUUUCGCUUUAACCGAUGGUGUUACCGUAGUCAAAGCGUCUGAUAUUCCCGCCGAAACUGGGGCGCCGAGGUCGUUGGAUCCUGUGACAAGACUGAAGAAUUAUUUCGAGACUCAUUCGUUGCGUGUGGAAGUUAAAGGUGCGGACGUUAUUGAUGCAGUUUCAAGUGCAGGACGUGCUUUAGAAGAUACAGUUUCUACGUACAUAGAUGGUACGGAAGAAGGUAGAGGGAAGAAGAAAAAGGCACAGAAGCUCUUGGGUCCGCUUUUUGCAGCGCUGGCGUUGAAACUGAUGGCUUUGACCCCAUUGGCAAUAGGAGCGAUAGCUUUAAUAGCUGGAAAGGCGUUGUUGAUUGGAAAGUUGGCUUUAGUGCUGUCGGCGAUCAUCGGACUGAAGAAAUUGCUGUCGCAGCAGAAACACGUGACAUACGAAGUAGUGGCGCAUCCUCAUCAUUCCUCUAGUCAUACGUCAAGUCAUGACUACAGUGGUGGUGGUACUAGCGGAUACGGUGGUGACUCCGGCGGUUACAGCAGCGGUGGAGGCGGACAUAGCAGCGGAUGGGGCAGAUCCAUAGAAGCUCAAAGCUUAGCGUAUUCAGCGCAGAAACCUCAGUGAGCGUGCCCUAAAUAUACGGCCUCUUUCCGACGAUUUCUCCUCGAUCAUCGACAUUGAAUUCUUUACUUCAUCAGUGUGUGAGUGUGAUGUACGCUUUUAUUUAUUGUGAAUGUUGAUUUUUUUCUAUUAAAGACUUCUUUCAUAUGCCAUUUUGUGCUCAAAUAAAGUCAUUAUUUAUUUUUCUUAAGAGAUCUUAUAGAUCGAAGUGUGUUGCUAUUUUUAUAGUGUAUUUAUUCUAGUUCUAUGUAUAUGAAACAAUUAUGAUUGUAUUAGUAUUUUACCUAGAUUAGAGAAAUAUUAUUUCUCGAAUGUUAAACUGUACCUGGCUUUAAUUUUAUUGUAAGUUGUAUUUAAGAUACGUAUAUGUUUUGUAUAUAUUAAAAGUAUUGUUUAAUUUUUAUUUUACGUGUCAUCCUUGCCCUUAAGUUUUUAUUUAUAAUAUUUAUUUUUAUAUUGACGAUAUUAUUUAUUACUUGUUAUACUAUAAAUGUUAUUUAUAUGUACAAAGACAAAGACAUUUAAUUGUGUAUUAAAGGAUUAAAUCAUGUUGUUUUCUUUUAUUUUCCGUACAAAUACAAAUUAAAAGGGUCAAUUUUAUAUUGCAUCAUUAUGAUCAUAGAUAACUAUCACAAUAAUGACGAAUCUAUCGAAUUCUCUCAAUAUUAUUACUUAUAUAUUGAAGUAUCAACUAAGUAUAUAUUAAUUGACUCCGUAAUCUUAUGUCUUUAUUGUAGCAUUGAAAAUUUCUAAUCAUAUAAUUAUAAUUAUAUGGAUUAUAUGAAUCUAUAUAAUUAACAGUUAAAUCGUCUCUUUAUCUCAUAGCAUC